AGGAUUAUGGUGAUCCAGUAUUUAUAGGACGUGCUAGGUUAUGUUUCUACACAAUCAUGUAGCAGAUGUUUAUGAAUAUAAUUUUUUUUUAUUUGCAGAAACCAGCCCCACCUAAAGCUGAAAAUAAACCAAAGAAGGAAAAGGCUGCAGUAAAGGACAAAUCUGAGGACAAAAAGGUUCCAGCAAAAGGAAAAAAAGGAGCUAAAGGCAAACAGACUGAAGAUGCAAACAAAGAGGAAAACAAGGAAGACCUGCCUUCCGAAAACGGCGAAACUAAGAGUGAUGAGGCCCCAGCUUCUGAUGGAGGAGACAAGGAAUCAAAGUCUGAGUAACCUACAUCCUGUACCAAGUCUUUUAUCAGUGGUUCCUGUACCUCCCUUGUACAAUUCAGAGGAAUAUUUUUAUCAACUAUUUUGUAAAUGCAAGUUUUUUAGUAGUUUAAUUCUAGAAAACACACUUUUAAGAUAGGAGGAAAUCCCACCAUGUCUUUCCUUUUUAUUUUACACAUUUUGGAUGGAAUACAAUGCCUUUACUUUUUUUUUAUUAAAAGGAUAUAAUCCUGUACCAGUGGUUGACUGGAAAAAAUUAAAUGCAGCCCUUUUUACAAUGGGGAGCGGAAGUUUCAAGCAAGCCAUUAAUUUCUGUAUGGCCUUUAUAACAAGGCAGGCUCAAAUUCAACUUGUGGCAAAUGGCUGUAACUGGUUUAUUCCAAUCUCAAGUUUUAAAAUGUCUUAACAUUUUUAAUUGUUCUCUGUACCCAUGUUGUUGUGCAUAAACUUUAAUAAAACUCCCCUGGUGAUGGAUUUCCCUCUAAGAAUUGUGUACUAUCUGUGACGAUGUUACUUUUUUGGUAGUGGUAUUUUAUUUUCAGUAACUUUGUAAAAGUGCUGUGAAUUUUCUUGGGGCACUUCCGAGUGUGUAGUGAGUGUGAUGUGAAGUACUAGGAAGUGAAACAUGUCAGAAUGUUAACCUUUUUAACUACCAGUGUGGGUUGUGCUAAAUCCUUUCUGGCAGGUAAGCGGUUAAUAGAGCAUCAAAGAUGCCGGUACGAGGGUGCUAGGUUCUUUUCUUCAUAACAGUCUUUAGAACAUAAAGCUGAAAUGUUGCUAGAAUAAUGGAUUCCAAGGAUUUCAAGUACAUGUGUUUUUGUUUUUUUUUUCCCUAGAUUUCAAUCUACUAGAGUUUUAAAAGGAAAAAAAUGUACAGAUUGUUCAUAGUGUCUGUGUACUUAUCACCAAACCAAUAAAACCUGGUUGAAACUUA